AUGUCGUGGGAAGUAGUUGCCGAUGAGACAGAUGGCGGUGGUGGUGGCGGAGAUCAAUGGGGGGCAAGCAAUGAAUUCUCAGAACCUCAGAGUAAUGGCUUCGAAACUGUUGGAGGAUCCGAUGAGUUCGGCGGCGGGGGUGGGGGUGGAGAUGGUGGAAGUACUGCCGGCGGCGGUGGUUUUGGCGGCGAAUGCUACAACUGCGGUCAGACAGGUCAUCCAAAAUCUGAAUGUCCAAACCCUCGCGUCGAACGUGAGUUUACCGGAACUUGUCGCUUGUGCGAGCUGCCUGGCCACCGUGCAUCUGAUUGUCCAUCCAAGCCACCGCCAAUAUGUAUCAAUUGCAAGGAAGAAGGUCACGCAGCUGUUGACUGCAAAAACCAACGCAAGGUUGAAUAUCCUGGGGUUGAGGACAUAUCGGCAGAAGAAGCUUGGGAGCGAAUCAAAGUUGCAGCGGAGGAGAGAGAAAUGGACGACCUUCUUGAAGCUGCUGAUUGUUACUUCAAAGCCGCCCCCGAUGCUACCUACCCUCAGAUGGAGAAAGGAUUCCGUCAACAAGGUCUCCGUGUUUAUCUGAUCGGUCUUGAGAAAGAGUUGACAUCCACUUACACUGUCAUGGAUUUGCAAGGAAAUCUUGACAAGAAGUACACUGUUAACUGGCGCUUCUCAGACAAGCCAUUGCGUCCAUCCGAGAAAGAGGGUUGGCCAGAGUCUGCCGAAGAAAACAUGAGCCGUCUUGAAAACGCAGGCAAACCUGUUGACCGAGGAGUUCCAAAGUGCUCUAACUGUGAUCAAUUAGGACAUACCUUCAAAGGCUGCCCAGAAGAGAAGCAAGAGAAAACCGACAAAAUUGUUGUCAGCUGCUUCAAUUGCUCUGAAGUUGGUCACCGUAUGCGCGACUGUCCUGUUCCUCGUGUCGAUAAAUUUGCAUGCCGCAAUUGCAAAGCAAGUGGGCACAGCAGCAAAGAGUGUACUGAACCACGAUCUGCUGAAGGCGUCGAAUGCAAGAAGUGUAACGAGACGGGCCAUUUUGCAAAGGAUUGUCCUCAAGGUGGUGGUGGCGGUGGUGGUGGCGCUUGUCACAAUUGCGGUGAGGAGGGACACCGAAAGCAAGACUGUACCAAUGAGAAGAAAGUCCAAUGUAGAAACUGCGAUGAAUUUGGGCAUGUUGGUCGAGAUUGUCCCCUUCCUCGUGAUUACUCCAGAGUCACCUGUACCAAUUGCCAGAAGACCGGCCACACGAAGGUGCGCUGCAAGGAACCCGUAAAAGAGGAAGAUGACAACGCUGCUGGUCACGGAGCGGACACUAACGGAGACACUGGGUUUGCUGGCGAUACUGAAAAUACAAUUGUUGGUACCUCUCCUGAGCAAACCGACAGUUGGGGUGGCGCAUCUGUUGCAGCUCCUGCUGUUGAGGUUGGCGGUUGGGGAUCAGGUGGAGGUGGUGGAGGCUGGUAA